ACAGCACGCGCCCGGGACGGUCGUGCGAGAUCGGUCACCCUCACGAGGACAGCCGGCUAUCAAAGCGCGGGCGCUAUCGCGAGACCAUCCGAGUGCGUCGAGCCCACCUGCCGCGACACGAGCGAACACGCUCGCGAGCUUCGUAUCAGUUCAGAGCCAGCUUGGGAACGGAUAACCACGUUGACAGGAGACCAGUCGCCCUGAGAAGUUUGGCUUCGGCUUCCGGUCUGAUCACGGAAGGAAUUGGGAGAGUCCAAAGACGACAAAGGAAGAUAGUCUUCUCGUCUCUUCUUGCUUGGGAAGAGCCUUGUCGUCUUCCAUCGGACCCACUUGAGGGAAGCGAGGCUCAGCAGGAGCUGGAGACUUAAUUCACCGGUACCGUGGCACAUCGGCAGCGGAGCGUCAUGUGUGUACGCACGUUGAUGGGCAGCGAAGCGGGCGAGCCGGUCGUCCCGCCCGGUCCGAAGCUGAACAGCAAGCUGUCCCGCGCCAAAGAGAAGUACACGAAGCUGCACGAGGAGAUGCUGGAGAAGGAGGAGCACCUUCGUCGGCAGGAGCGAAGUACGCUUCUUCUGCCUGACCUGGCCGACAACGUCCUGGCCAGCAGCACGACCCGGUACAGCCUGUUGCUGAAGAAGCUGACCAAGUUCUAUGGGAUUGUGCGCCGCACCAAGGCUUUCAAGAUCCUUUUCUACACGACGCAACCAGCUCACGUAAUCACGAUCGCAGCGGUCUUAUUCGUCACGUCGGUCCUCGUCCCAACGAAGGAGAGGGUAAUGGUCCCUGAUCAUCCUCAAUCAAGGACGGCGUCCUUCAUUUAUCUCGCGUCUUUCGUCAUGCACUUUGGUGCCCAAAUCUGGAUGACUUUCGUAUCAGGACUGUCCUUGUACUUUGCGCUGCCGCGACAUACAUUCGGUGAAGUGCAACGCGUCUUGUUCCCGAGAUACUUUACGAUUAACGCGUGCCUCAGCCUCACCACGCUCCUCAUAUUCGUCAAGCAUCAUCCGACGCACACGUGGGACACCGAAAUCGCAAUUCAGGUCAGUGGAAUGUCCGGAGCUUUCUUCCUGGAACUACUAAUACGCCUGUACCUGACGCCGCCGCUUCUAAGACUGAUCAUGCAGAAGAACAGCUUGGAACGUGCAGCGGGUGUCGGCAACGAGGUCGGCCGCUACAGCCUUGGACCGCUGAAGAAUUGUCCGCAUUACCUGAAGAUCCACCAGACGUUCCGUCGGGUGCACGUCUGCAUCGCCAUGGGAAACAUGCUCACCAUGGCAUGCACGGUGCUGCAUCUCCAUUACAUAGCGAGCAAACUGUGCGUCCUGUAAGAAUAGUUAGUCUCCGAUCAUAGAAGUCUGUACACUCGUUCGUUUGGGAGCUCGAAGAGAUCCUCGAGAGACGUAGAGGAUAAUUCUAGACAGAUGCGUGCGUGGCUUGCACGUUUGAUGAUGACAAAGUCAUUUGAGCGCAUCGGGAAAUGCGAACCCGGUGAGGUACGAGAUGCGAUCUUUCCUGCCAUUAAAGUCGCCUGAGACAAGCUGACGGCGAGUCCUUCAGUGCAGCUGCCUCGAACUGCGAACCUCGAGGAGGACCUUUACUAUUCCUUGCAUUAGCUUCUUGUGCUUAUUCUAUGUUAAAGUAGAAUGAUCACUCAAUGAAGAUCACGAUAGGUAGCUCGCUCGCGUACACAUAACGUGAGUCACCCUCCGUGGCUUACUUCCGGAGCACUAUCUGAUUCGGGAGAGGAUCAAGCCGAGAUGAUGGUGGAAGAGAAAUUUUCAAGGAGUUUCUCGUUAAUAUGAUCUGCUUGCGUAUUCAUUGAUAGUGCUGUGUUAAAUUAUUGCUGAAAGCGUGCAUGUAACUUGUGUUAGAAUCCCUUGAGAGAGAUUGAAUAGGUAACUUGUUCGUCGCCGUGACGAAGUCGACGAUGCUCGCGUGUAAAUAAUAUAUCUUGAGAAUAUAUCUCGAGAUUUAGAAUAGACGAUAGGGCAGACCAAGUAUUAUACGUAUAACUGCGUGUGUAUUCAAGCUUCAAGGCACACAUGUAUAUUCUUGCCAAAGCGCAUUUCAGUUCUCGCAUCGACGUGACGACAAUUAAGUUCUCGCGCCGCGAGAUAAAUAUAUGAAACUAUCUGCUGACGCAAAAGUAUCAGCGGUUUCGGUACAUAAAAGUAUUCCAUCUACGAUCGUGCUCUGCUUAAUGAUGAACUUAGAGAUACAUAAAAAUGUUCUAGCUACGAUGGAAAUCGGAGAAUCUUGGCUCGCGCGAUAAUCUUUCACGUCAAAUCAUUUCGCGAAUUUUGUUCGCUGUCAGAUUAGAGACAAAAAUACGCUUGCUCUGUAUCAGAGUUAAUGAUAUUUAUUGAACUAAUGAAGGAGAGACUGCGUACCGAGAGAGAUCGUACAGACAUGUCGAGAGUAACGUGUCUAGAUUAAAAUGAACGGAAGAGCCGUCGCAAUCAUCAUUUUAUGCUAAUUGUCUGAAUUGUGGAUUCGUCGCGCGCGCGCACGCGCGGAGCGCAUUGUUGUAAAUAAUUGCAUUCUGUUCACUAAACACUUGUAAAACAUACGAUAUAUCUUAUACAGUAUAUAAUAAUAUACGUAUAUGUGUUGCCUUUUUA